AUGUUAAUACGAAAGUGUUUAUUAUCACUAAAUAAAACAGAUUUAAUUUAUUCUCCGAUAUUUAUUCGUACAUUUAAACGUUUUGGUGAAUAUGUUAAAAGUUAUGGAUAUCAGCCGAAACAUUAUCAAGGAGGUUUACUACCUCGACCAGAAACCAUGCAAAAUGAUCCACCAGAUUAUUUACCACCAUUCAUUGAUCCAAAAGAAUGGACAUUAGAAAAUGCAACAUUUGGACAAAAUGAUUAUAUUGAUAUUCUUGGCGAUGAAACGAUUGAACAUUGGCAAUUAGUACGUAAUGCACCAUUUUGGUUACGUGGUUUUGAUGGUAACGAACUACAACAUCUACUAAGACGUAUGAGAUAUGAUGGAAAAAAAUUAGAAGAAGAAAAACCACAAAAAUAUUCAGAUUUAAUUACAAGAAUACGGUAUUU